AUACUGAUUCCCCAUUCAAUGGACGUCAUUUAGUGCAGUCUGCCUUGAGUUGCUUCCUCCCUUCACGCUCGAUUUACGACCAUUCUUCUCUUAUUAAGUAUUCGUGUAAUAUUAAGUCAUGAAUAUCUAAACUUUUAAGAGUGCAGAGGAAGAGGAAGAUCUGUGCUAACAUGAGCUCAAGCGAGGGAACAUUUCACUGACAGAGCCUGGAGACGCCAUGGGGAUCUAAGAAACUUUUGAGAAAAUCUUUGCAUCUAAAGAGCAGAUGAAGAACAGUGGGAAUUUACCCAGAUUCUGAUGGAUUAAUAAUUUAUUUGAACGCUGGGCCACCGCCACCUCGCCCUUCAAUUUAUCAUUGGCUUUAUUUAAUUUGCACGUUCAUUUUCGUCUUGUCCCUCUGAAAUUCUUGUCUUUUGAAGCCCUCGGAAAUUCUCUAUGAUGUUAGUGCACAGUUUUUCCGCGAUGGAUCGCCAUGACGGGACCAGCAAUGGCACAACCCGUUUACCCCAACUAGGCAGCGUGGGCCAGUCUCCGUACACCAGCGCUCCUCCGCUCUCUCACACGCCUAACUCAGACUUCCAGCCUCCAUACUUUCCGCCACCCUACCAGCCCAUCUACCCGCAGUCUCAAGACCCUUACUCUCACGUUAAUGACCCGUACUCCAUCAAUUCUCUGCACGCCCAGCCUCAGACACAGCACCCGGGCUGGCCAGGCCAGCGGCAGAGUCAGGAGAACAGCCUGCUGCACCAGCACCGCGGGUUACCCCAUCAGUUGUGCAGAGAGUACCGCAGAGAAGUGCUACUUCCUUCUGGUCACGGCAUUGAGACUGGACUCACUGAUUCAAUCCCUAUCCACGGAAUACCUCACUCUUUAGAAGAUGUUCAGCAUGUUGAAGAUCAAGGAAUUCACAUCCCAGACCAAACUGUAAUCAAGAAAGGUCCUGUUUCAAUAUCCAAGAACAACAGCAAUAUAUCUGCCAUACCAAUAAAUAAAGAUGGGCUUUUUGGAGGUGUGAUAAACCCAAACGAAGUAUUCUGUUCGGUUCCGGGUCGUCUGUCUCUUCUUAGCUCAACGUCAAAAUACAAAGUCACAGUAGCGGAGGUGCAGAGAAGGCUUUCUCCGCCUGAGUGCCUUAAUGCUUCCCUGCUUGGCGGGGUCUUGAGAAGGGCCAAAUCUAAGAAUGGCGGAAGAUCUUUAAGAGAAAAACUAGAUAAAAUCGGAUUAAAUCUACCAGCAGGAAGGCGCAAAGCUGCUAAUGUUACACUCUUGACAUCACUGGUCGAAGGUGAAGCUGUGCAUCUGGCCAGAGAUUUUGGUUAUGUAUGCGAGACUGAGUUUCCAGCCAAGGCGGCAGCUGAAUACAUGAACCGACAGCAUUCCGACCCAAAUGAACAAGUCCAAAGAAAAAACAUGUUAUUGGCAACGAAACAAAUCUGCAAAGAGUUCAUGGACCUGCUCUCUCAAGACCGCUCACCUCUGGGGAAUUCACGUCCACAGCCAAUUCUUGAGCCUGGGAUUCAGAGCUGCUUGACCCACUUCAGUCUUAUUUCUCACGGAUUCGGGACUCCAGCCAUGUGCGCGGCCCUUACGGCGCUGCAGAACUAUUUGACGGAGGGCAUUAAAGCCAUGGACAAAAUCUACCUGAACAACAAUCCUAACAGCCACAAUGAGACGGGGUCGAAGGGGGGUGACAAAGACGAAAAGCACAGAAAGUGAUGUCCGACUACCACAUCCCAAUUGAUGACAAAAUACAUAUAUAGCAAACACUAGUGAUCAAGAUGAAACAGUGAACGCAGCACCUCCAGAGCUUGACAUUUUGAAACUAUAUAUAUAUAUAUAUAUAUAUAUAUAUAUAUAUAUAUAUAUAUAUAUAUAUAUAUAUAUAUAUAUAUAUAGCUAUAUAUAUAUAGGCUAUAUACAGUUCAAUUUGGGAUUCGUGGACAAGGCAUUUCUUUAAAAAUAAAGCAGUAUGCCAAUGAAAGGAUUAUAGAUCUGCCACAGAAGGACUUUUCAUGAACUCUCUUUGUAUGAAUUCAGUGGUUCAUCCCCUCGGUACGAUUGUAAUCGAUUGUACGAAAUGAUCUUACAAUCAUUUACGAUUGUAUCCAUGUGACAAGAAGCUGAAAAAGGAAGAUGAUUUUAUUUUAUUUUUAUCAGUAUUGUGAAUAAUGAACUUGAAAUAAAUCUACAGCUCCAUGCCAUGACUUCAAGAACUGACUUUUCACUUGACCAAGUGAGAAACUUGAAAUUCAACAAGAUUCACGGUUAUAUGAGGGAAUCUGUGUUCAUGUACCUAUGUACAUAUUUAUUUAUGUGUAAUUUAAUGGGAAUUGUAAAUAUGGUACGUCUGUUCAAACUACGUCUUUUUUUAUUAUUUAUCUGGUGCCUCCAGUUUUAGUGGGUUUGAAUAUUCGCUUAGUUCUUCAUGUGAUUUUAUGGUUCUUAGAAAACAGAAGUUUGGCAUAUUCUUCUCUGGGAUAUUUCAAUUUAGCCCUUUUGUAGCAUGUCGAGGCGACACAUUGAAGGAAAUGAACAAAUUUAAAAGAAACAAACAUCAAUUUAUUUAUAUUAUCCUUAUGCCAUUCAGUUUUAGAUCGAAAAUGUCAUUGCAAAGACCCGGCGAUGCUUUUGUGUUUCUAUCUUCUUGUUUUUAUACAAGCUUUUUAUGUGUUGUGCUAAUCACCUCUUGUUCUUCCCUCAACGCACCACAAGAGCAAUAAAUGGAUAUUGUGUUACGAAUUCUUCUUCUUUUUCUUCCCCUUUUUAAAUAAAUUCAACACUUGGGACCAUCUGA